AUGACCACCACCACCACCAGCGCUGAACGCCAGCAAGCGGCGAGAGAGACCUUCCCACUCAAGCACACAUUGACUACUAUCAGCGGUGGCUGCACGUUUACCACCGUGUUCUACUCGGCCUGCAACAUGUAUUAUCAUGCCCCAAUGAGCGAACCAAAGACACCAGAGGACCCAGAUACACCAAUCGCGUCGGACCCUCCUCGAACGGACAUACGCUUAUUGGUCCUGCCUUUCUACUGCGCUCUACUGGUCGUGAUCCACCUCCAACGAUGGGUCUACGGUCGACCACAGAGCUGUGGCCUCUACACCGGCUUCAUCGCUGAAGCUGGGUUUGCGAUUGCGAUGGUACUGGUCUAUGCCGCUGGCAUGUCGAAGAAGUGGGCCUCCGUGACCUUUAUUCUUAUGUACGGUGUGGUGUAUUUCGAGCUCCUCAUCCGUUUUCGUAUUCAUUACAAGAAGUUCUGCCGGGAACUCGACGCUCAAGAGGCGACUGCGGAUCUGGAGCUUGGCACUGCCGCUGCAGAGCAACCCGCAACCACCCCGACCACACAACAGUCCGCGCCCGCAACCACCCUUCCCAUCAGCGCUAAGACCAUCAUCACCCAGGCCAAACGCCAAACUGUCGCUACACUCCUCGUCACAGCCAUUGCGACGGCUCUCCUUAUCCUCGCAGCUCGACCGGACGAGGACACCCUCACGCCGCUCGACGCCACAAUGGCAAUCUAUGUGCUUUCCUGGGCCACAUACCUUGCUGCACUCUGCAACUGGAGCCGCCUGUUCGUCUCGAACACUGCAGUUGGUGUGUUAACCUUUGUCGCACCAUGUACCGCCCUCCUGCCACCCGCCAUCCACCUGUUGAACGUCUACCAUCUCACGCCUACUUUUGGUUCCGUCGAAGGCCUCCUUGUCCUCGCGGUACCUGUAGCAGCCAUCGUCGCGGUACACUUGUGGUAUAUUCGGGUGGCCCAUGAGCAAAGGCUACACGCCGAGCCCAUGGAGUGGGAACCCAAGCGUUCGCAUGGGUGGUGGUUACCCGCAAUCCCUCAUUUCUUCACUACCUCGCUCCUAUUCCUUGCCGCGGCGCCGAGGGGACAUCCGUUCCACACUCUGCUCUCGAUUCCAACCCUCCUUGCCGCUUCCCUCUUCCUCUGCCUCACGCUCGCUGGGCACUUCAAAGCGUGGAUGUUCCAGCACUCGGACCGGCCCCCUCUCCGGCAUCUGGCAAUUGUUUGUACCACCUUCCUCGCCAUCGUGCUCGGCGUCUUCCUGUCCGCCUGGCUGUUGGUCCCCGCUGCGUUCAUGGGGUUUGUUUCGAUCAUCCGCACGUAUAACCGCAUCAUCAAGGAAGAGGCUCCAGAACAGCAGGAGGAGAUGUUGACUGCUAUCCUGCCCAAGGCGUGA